AUGGGGUGCGUUCAAGGCAAGGGAACAUACAGCCCCGCGCGCACUGCGACGCUCGAGAGGCUGAAAAGGGACGGAAGCUACAUGAGAGUCGAGAGGGAAGAAGCGGAAGAGAGGAGGAUCAGCAGGGAGAGCGAGAGGAAGCACGGUUCCCAGAGGAUCUCGGUGAAGAAGAUCGUGGCCGUUGAUGAGACCACGACCACGGUGGAUGGAUGGCCGAGAUGGCUCGUUGAGAAUGUCAAGCCGGAUGCUUUGGCCGGCUUGGUUCCCAAAACCGCCGAUUCAUAUGAUAAGCUAGCAAAGGUAGGACAUGGAACGUAUAGCAACGUGUACAAGGCGCGUGAUAAAGGGACCGGAAAGAUCGUGGCGCUAAAGAAGGUGCGAUUGGACACGUCGGAGCCUGAGAGUGUGAAAUUCAUGGCAAGGGAGAUCAUAAUACUGAAGAAGCUUGAUCAUCCCAACAUAAUCAAGCUUGAAGGGAUAGCAACUUCAAGAAUGCAAUAUAGCCUCUAUUUGGUGUUCGAUUUCAUGCCUUCCGACUUGACCAAAGUCAUCUCUCGACUCACCGAGCCUCAGGCAAAGUGCUACAUGAUGCAACUCCUAUCGGGGCUGCAGCAUUGCCACGACAAGGGAAUAUUGCAUCGCGACAUAAAAGGCUCUAAUCUGUUGAUCGAUAAAGAUGGAGUGCUCAAAAUUGCGGAUUUUGGGCUAGCAAAUUGUUACAAGAAUAAGCAGCGGCGGCCUUUAACAAGCCGGGUGGUGACACUGUGGUACAGAGCUCCAGAGUUACUUCUUGGCGCCACGGAUUAUGGCGUUGGCAUUGAUCUAUGGAGCGCCGGGUGCACCCUGGCCGAGAUGUUUGUGAAGCGGCCUAUCAUGCCCGGCCGCAAUGAGAUUGAACAACUACAUAGGAUUUUCAAGCUGUGUGGAUCGCCGUCAGAGGAGUAUUGGAAGACGGUGAAGCCACCUGCAACCUUCCGGCCACCACAACAGUACAAGGCCAACUUGGAGGAGGCAUUCCCGCGUUUUCCUAAAUCCGCUCUUGGCCUUCUGAGUAGACUUCUAUCCCUUGACCCCGCCAUCAGAGGAUCUGCAUCUGCAGCCCUCAGAGACGAGUUCUUUGUAGCGAGUCCCUUGCCAUGUGCCCCAACUGCUCUAACCAACCGUCAAAGAAAGGUCACAUUCACUAAAGAAGAAGCAUAUGCCAAACAGGAAACGGAGAGUAGCUCGUCGAGCCCGCCGCCAUCUCCCACUCCGGCGGCUUUCCGUGCUCUCCACAACCGCGCUGCGAAAACCGAGGCGCACCCGAAUGCUCUGAAAAACUUAAAGAAUUAUCCGCUGCUUCUCGCCUCGUUAACCGAAGCUGCUAAUCACCUCAAGGAGAGCAACUCCGGCCUCUACCGACGUUCGCUCUCGCACAUCGAUUUUCGAGAUCUUGAUCUCAAUAACAUCUCAAAGUUGCUUGGCUUAGACCAUCACGAUCAUGAAUCACCACCCUCUUUGGCUUGA